CUUUCCCUGGCCGCAGAGCAUCCGUUCCGUCUCCUUCCUGAAACUGCCGGCGCCCGCCGCUCUUGACGAACCUGCCACAGGCCGCGCGUCUCCACCAUCUCCAUCGCCCCGCCACCGCCCUCGGCUGCCGUAUGGCCGCCACCUCCGCCGCCGCGGAUCCGGGGACGGCGUUCAAGCUCCUCCUCUCCUGCCCCGCCGGCCUCCCCCGCUCCCGUGUUUCGGUUAAGUUUGGUCAGUCAUUCGACAGGAUUCCCCAUCCGGAUGCAGGCUUGGAGGAAUCUAUAUGUGAGAUAUGGAACCAAAGGCUUCAGCGGAACCCAUCUCUAUACAAUGGUACAAAGUUUCGGUACGGAGGAAAUGCUGUGCACUACAAAGAUGACUCAAAGCAGGAUUACCAUGUCUCACUUCAUUUGGGUCUCACAGACUAUAGGACAUUUGUGGGAACAAAUCUCAAUCCGUUGUGGGAGAAAUUCUUGGUCCCAUCUGAAGAUGAUCCUGUACGUUGCCAACACAUGUCAAAUCCACUGGGAAAUGGUGCGAUUGUUGAAACAUCUGAUCAAAAGAUUAUUGUAUUGCAAAGGAGCCACAAUGUGGGGGAGUUUCCAGGAUACUACGUUUUCCCUGGAGGACACUCGGAGCCACAAGAAAUUGGCAUCGUGGGUCAUCAAACUGAUGAAGAAAACUCGACUACUCUCAGUGAACAAGUUUCACAAGAAAUGUUUGAAGGAAUCAUCCGUGAAGUGGUUGAGGAAACUGGAGUUCCUGCUGCUUCCCUGACAGAUCCUGUCUUCAUUGGAGUUUCUUGUCGAGAAAUGAAUGUUAGACCAACUGCAUUCUUUUUUACAAAAUGUGACAUUGAUUCCAGGGGCGUCAAUGAACUUUAUUCUAAAGCUCAGGAUGGCUAUGAAUCCACUAAACUAUAUGCAGUCUCAGUGGAAGAGCUGCGAGGAAUGGGCCAGCGAAUGCCUGGCUGCCACAAUGGUGGUUUUGCUCUUUAUGAAUUGAUGAGGAAUGAUGCCAAGAGUUUGUGUAGGUGCUGAGUAAACAGUCUUUCUUUUGCAGACUGAAUUAUUCUGAUUGCAUUAUUACAUCAGAAAAUAAGUGUGGAGAUAUUCACAGCUGGCAUAACACACGGUGCAGAGCACCGCAUAUUCACACGGAUCACAUUGCUGUUCUCUAGAGAAGAUGUGCCGCCGUUUCCAUCUUUGUCGGCGUUGGUCUUGCUGUACCAUAGCAGAAGCUAUGAAAGAAAUACAAGCAGGAAGCUUAAAUUUCCUCUGAAGUCUGUAACAGAAAUAAAAUCUCCUGCUAUCUCGCUGAGGCACCUAAGAGCAGCCUUACCAUGCUAACUUAGCAUGGAGAGACAACUCAUAGAUUGUAAUGAUCUUUUAGGUCCUGAUCCGCGGUCAUCGCCGAUGCCUGGAGCGUAUACAAUGUCAUUCUAUGCAACGGCCUGUCCCUGAUGUAAAGGAACAGACUCUGAAGCUUGUGUUAUUUUCAGACAAAGAAAGAUCAUAUGCAAGGACUUCAUGUGUGAAAAA